AUGAGGCCGGAAACUGGCCAACAAGGCAAGCAAAAGUUCCUCUUCUGUACACCGAUCCACUCCAACACCAAAGACAGAAGAACGCCAGAAAGUCCAGAAGAUGAGGCUGCUCUGCCCGCCUUCUUCAUCUGCACCCUCCCUCACCUCACCUCGGCUCAGCGAAGCGGAUCUUACGAAGGCGAGACGAACAUGGGGUCACCCAAAUCUACCGCCAGCGAUGACAAAGCUGAGAUCAACGAGAACGUCGACACGCCUUCGUCGACAAUAUCAGAUGCCAGCGAAACAGAGAAAGCUGCUGCCACUUCGAUAGCACCCCCACCUGCAGCACCGCCUCCACAAGCGGACGGCGGAUCGCGAGCAUGGCUUCAAGUCUUAGGGUCUUUCAUCGUCUUCGGCAACCUCUGGGGCUUUACGUUCGCAUUUGGUAGCUUCCAGACAUACUACGAGCUCACGUUCCUGCCCAACCAGUCCUCCUCCACCAUCUCAUGGAUCGGAACAGUCUCGACCUUCCUCCUCAUCGUCGGCGGCAUCAUGUCCGGACCCUUCUUCGACCGGGGCUACUUCAAGACGAUGCUCUUCGCCGGCGCCGCCAUCGAGACCUUCAGCGUCUUCAUGCUCAGUCUCUGCGGCGAGUACUACCAGCUGUUCCUCUCGCAGGGUCUGCUGAUGGGUCUCGGAAACGGUCUCCUCUACGUACCCGGCCUCGCACUGGUAGGACGCUCCUUCAAGACGCACCGUUCCAUCGCCAUGGCCAUCACGACCUGCGGCGCACCGGUUGGCGGCAUCAUUUACACCCUCGUCUUCGAACAACUCAUCUCCCGCAUGAGCUUCGGCUGGACCGUCCGCGUCAUGGGGUUCGUCAUGCUCGGCUCCUACCUCAUCGCCUUCCCGCUCCUGCUCUUCCGCGCGAACAACGUCGGCAACCUCUCCUCCGGCACGAAGCGCAAACUCAUCGACCUCACCGCCUUCCGCGACCUCCCCUUCUGCUGGUACACGCUAACCAACUUCUUCAUCUUCCUCGGUUACAUGAUCCCCUUCAUCUUCAUGGCCUCGUACGGCCAGACGGCCCUCGGCAUGACGCGCAGCAAGGCCCUCAACGUCAUCAUGAUCGCGCAAGCCGCGUCAGUCCUCGGCCGUCUGGUGGCGGGGCAAACGGCGGCCAAAGUCGGCGUCAUGAUCCCCUGGGUCACGUGCGCGGUGUGCAGCGGCGUCUUCUGCAUCGCCUGGGUCGGCGUCGACAGCGUCGGGGCGUUUAUCGCGUACGCUGCGCUCUACGGCUGCUUCAGCGGCGCGCUGAUCCCGCUGCCGCCGAGCGUGUUUCCGGUCAUAUGUCCGGAUACCAAAGUCCUGGGAGCGAGGUUGGGGAUGGCGCAGGGGAUUGGGUCGAUCGCGAGUCUGAUCGGGAGUCCGAUUGCGGGAGCUUUGACGAGGAUAAAUGCGAAGGACAGUCCGGGCGGGGUGAAUUAUAUCGGGUUGCAGCUGUUUGGGGGCGUGACGAUGGUGGUUGGGGGAUGUAAUUUGGUGGGGCUGUGGUGGUAUUUGGUUAAGAAGCGGGGGGCGAAGACGUUGAUAUGA